CAAAGGCAGAGAGGUCAAGAGGAGGAGAAAGCACGUGGGUCGGUCAGCUAGUACCCGGGGAACUGUCCUUCUUCUGCUUCUAUCUGAUGUGAGCGUGUUGAUGUGUCUGCAUGUAGCUGGCUCACUUCUCUGAUCAGGCAUCACCAUUUAUACACGUUCACACACUUGACACAACAAAGCACCGGAUUUCUUGUUGCUCAGGUUGGUUGUUUGUGGAAAAUUACAUCAUGGUGAGCAAAACAGAUGAGAUGCCAACAUCAGUGUCAAACUGCGCCUCGGUGGAGCUUCCUCAGGAAGGACAGAGCAGCCAGAAGAACCUGAAGGAGUGUUGUCCAUGCGCACACAGUGCAUCUACAGCAGUAAUGAACGGUGACGGAGGACAUGACCGGUCCGAGGACACGGAGAACAAGCAGGACGGCAGCACUGAUCCUGACGCCAGUGACGACUCCAAUGAGCAGGAAGUGAUUGUGAUUCAGGACACUGGCUUCACUGUGAAGAUUCAGGCGCCAGGCAUCGAGCCUUUUGACUUGCAGGUGUCUCCACAGGAAAUGGUGCAGGAGAUCCAUCAAGUACUUAUGGACCGUGAAGACACCUGCCAUCGCACUUGUUUUUCUCUGCAGCUCGACGGCAACGUGCUGGACAACUUUGCCGAGCUGAAGUCCAUCGAGGGCCUUCAGGAGGGAUCCCUGCUCAAAGUGGUGGAAGAGCCUUACACAGUACGCGAGGCUCGCAUUCAUGUUCGUCAUAUAAGAGACCUGUUAAAGAGUCUGGAUCCCUCGGAUGCUUACAAUGGAGUAGACUGCAACUCUCUGUCCUUCCUCAGCGUCUUCACAGAUGGAGAUCUUGGAGAUAGUGGCAAGCGUAAAAAGAAGGGCAGCGAGCUGGAACAGAUUGACUGUACGCCUCCUGAACACAUCCUGCCCGGCAGCAAAGAGCGCCCCCUUGUCCCCCUCCAGCCACAGAACAAAGACUGGAAGCCACUUCAGUGCCUCAAGGUCCUCACAAUGAGUGGCUGGAACCCGCCACCUGGCAACAGGAAGAUGCACGGAGACCUCAUGUACCUGUACAUUGUGACUGUAGAAGAGCGGCACGUCAGCAUCACUGCCUCCACACGCGGAUUCUACCUCAACCAGUCCACCACCUACAAUUUCAACCCCAAGCCUGCCAACCCCAGCUUUCUGAGCCACUCUCUGGUGGAACUGCUGAGUCAGAUCAGCCCAGCUUUUAAGAAGAAUUUCACCACCCUGCAGAAGAAAAGAGUCCAAAGACAUCCAUUUGAGAGAAUAGCUACACCGUUCCAGGUGUACAACUGGACUGCUCCUCAGAUUGAUCAUGCCAUGGACUGUGUGAGGGCAGAGGAUGCCUACACCUCCCGUUUGGGAUAUGAGGAACACAUACCUGGCCAGACCAGAGACUGGAAUGAAGAACUGCAGACAACAAGAGAGCUCUCGCGUAAGAACCUGCCAGAGCGUUUGCUGAGAGAGAGGGCCAUUUUCAAAGUUCAUAGUGACUUCGCUGCAGCAGCUACUCGCGGUGCCAUGGCUGUAAUUGACGGGAACGUGAUGGCCAUCAAUCCCGGUGAGGAGACGCGUAUGCAGAUGUUCAUCUGGAACAAUAUCUUCUUCAGCUUGGGUUUUGAUGUCCGUGAUCACUACAAAGAGCUUGGAGGAGACGCCGCAGCACACACCGCCCCCACCAACGACCUGAAUGGAGUGAGAGCGUAUGGUGCAGUUGAUGUGGAGGGGCUGUACACACUGGGUACCGUGGUUGUAGACUACAGGGGCUACCGUGUGACCGCCCAGUCCAUCAUCCCUGGCAUCCUGGAGCGCGAACAAGAGCAGAGCGUCAUCUAUGGCUCCAUUGAUUUUGGAAAGACUGUGGUGUCUCACCCCAAGUACCUGGAGCUGCUUGAGAAGACGAGCCGGCCUCUGAAGGUGCAGAGUCAUGCUGUUCUCAAUGAGAAGGACAUGACCGUGGAGCUCUGCUCGUCUGUCGAGUGCAAGGGGAUCAUCGGCAACGACGGGCGCCACUACAUCCUGGACCUGCUACGCACUUUUCCUCCUGACCUCAACUUUCUGCCAGUGGAAGGGGAGGAGCUAAACCCCGAGAGCCAGAAGCAGGGCUUCCCUCGACAGCAUCGUCACCGCCUGGCCUGUCUGCGCCAGGAACUCAUUGAGGCAUUCGUAGAGCACAGGUAUCUCCUUUUCAUGAAGAUGGCAGCGCUCCAGCUGAUGCAGCACAAAGCCAGUAAAGACAGCAAGCUUGCAGCCUUGCCUGAGAACGCGACAGCCGAAGCUGAGAGGCAGCCAGCGUCGACUCCAGAAGCCUCAGAGAACACCACUGAAACUGCAGCACCAACCUCUGUCUCUCCAACUUCCUCCGAAUCCACGCAGACGCCUGAAACAGCCGAGCACCAGCAGGCCACGCCUACAGAAAACUCUGCAGUAACCACUAAUGGUACCGUCUCAUUGGGUGCUGAUGAAAACACAGGUCAAGAGAGCCACAAUGGAGGCUGUGACAGUCCUCUGGAGGGUAAGGAGGCCCUUGAAACUAUACCAGGAUUAGCUCAGGCUAAAGAGCUGGCUGAAUCUUUAGCAGCAGAAGAUGGAUCUGGGAUUGACCCGAAAAGCCGGGAGGUCGUCCUCAACGCCUGCAAAGCGGUGGGCUCCAUCAGCAACACUUCCUUUGACAUUCGCUUCAACCCAGACAUCUUCUCCCCGGGAGUGCGUUUCCCAGAAGAGAGUGCUGACGACAUCCAAAAGCAGAAGCAGCUGCUCAAAGAUGCAGCAUCCUUCCUGGUGUCUUGUCAGAUCCCGUCUUUGAUAAAAGACUGUUUAGACCAUACUGCCCUGCCAAUGGAUGGCACCACAUUGACCGAGGCCCUCCAUCAGCGUGGCAUCAACGUGCGCUAUCUUGGCAACGUGUUGGAGUUUGUGGACAAGAUGCCUGCAAAAUCACAGCUUGAUCAUUUCUAUAGAAUAGGAAUCACUGAACUGAUCACAAGAUGCACCAAACAUAUCUUUAAAACCUACCUCCAGGGCGUUGAGCUUUCAGCCCUGUCUGCUGCAGUGAGCCACUUCCUGAACUGCUUCCUGAGCUCUUUCCCAGACGCCGUGGCCCACCUGCCUGCAGACGAGCUGGUCUCGCGCAAGAAAAAUAAGAAGAGACGGAACAGGGUGCCUGGAGGAGGAGAUAACACGGCCUGGGCCAGCCUGACCCCCAGCGAACUGUGGAAGAACAUCAGCACCGAGGCUCGCACUUAUUACCACUUUGCUCUACAGAGUGAGGGUGUGGACCAGGCGGUAGAGAAAUACGGCCUGCAGAAAAUCACCCUCCUGAGGGAAAUCUCCAUCAAAGCUGGCAUCCAGAUCCUGAUAAAGGAGUACAACUUCGACAGCCGUCACAAGCCGGCUUUCACGGAGGAAGACAUUCUGAACAUCUUCCCAGUCGUAAAGCACGUCAACCCUAAAGCCUCCGAUGCCUUUCAUUUCUUCCAGAGCGGGCAAGCGAAAGUCCAGCAAGGUUUCCUUAAGGAAGGAUGCGAGCUAAUCAACGAAGCCUUGAACCUCUUCAACAAUGUGUAUGGAGCCAUGCAUGUGGAGAUUUGUGCCUGUCUGCGCCUUCUGGCUCGCCUCAAUUACAUCAUAGGAGACCACCCUGAGGCCCUCAGUAAUCAGCAGAAAGCUGUUCUGAUGAGUGAGAGAGUGCUGGGUAUUGAGCAUCCGAACACCAUUCAAGAAUAUAUACACUUGGCUCUGUACUGCUUUGCUAAUGGCCAGCUGUCCACGGCACUGAAGCUGCUGUACCGCGCUCGCUAUCUCAUGCUGUUAGUGUGUGGAGAGGACCAUCCGGAGAUGGCUCUGCUAGAUAGCAAUAUCGGUCUGGUGCUCCAUGGAGUGAUGGAGUAUGACCUCUCGCUGCGCUUCCUAGAAAAUGCCUUGGCCAUCAACUCCAAAUACCAUGGACCCCGAUCCCUUAAAGUUGCCUUCAGUCACCACCUUGUGGCCCGGGUGUAUGAAAGCAAGGCUGAAUUCCGUUCAGCUCUGCAGCACGAGAAAGAGGGAUACACCAUUUACAAGAACCAGGUUGGUGAAGCUCAUGAAAAGACCAAGGAGAGUUCAGAGUACCUGAAGUACCUCACCCAACAGGCUGUGGCCCUACAGAGAACCAUGAAUGAGAUCUACAAGAAUGGCUCCAAUGCUAGCAUCAUGCCUCUCAAAUUCACGGCUCCAAACAUGGCCAGUGUCCUGGAGCAGCUCAAUAUUAUUAAUGGAAUCAUCUUUAUUCCUCUCAGCCAAAAGGACUUGGAGACCCUGAAGGCAGAAGUUCAGCGCCGGCAGCAACUACAAGACUCUGGGAAGAGUGAGGAACAUCAGGAGAACGGUCAGCUAGCACUGGACGACAAACUUCCCGUCGAUGAUUAAUCCCACACAUGCAUACCCUAUAGCAGGGAAGGCCAUGACGCAACAGUCAUCUGCUUGAACCUGUAGAACUGAGAACUAAAGCUGUGUAAUUUAAAUGAGUAUAUUUGAGCUUAAAGCGGAGGGAACAGAGAGAAAUGGACAGCAAAUGGUACAGUGAAAAGCAGUCAUGAAAAGUACGGAGCAAGUGUUUAAUGUGGGCAGGCAGAGGGCCAGACUGAGGCUGUCUUGUGGUUACGGUUUCCCUACCAGUUUAUCUGAAGCUGGUGACCAAGAAUGACCAUGAAGUUGUAUGCUAGCGCCUUAUCUAUCCAUCCAUCCAUCCGUCCAUUUUCACGUUUCGCAAUCCAUCCAUCCAUCCAUCCUUCCUUCCGAAUCCUCAUGACCUCGUCUCCUUUUCCUCUUUAGGGGUUUAGGAGUCCAGGCCCUAAACUCAGUGUGAGCUUCAUAGACGUGAAGCUCAACACCACCACUUUCACCCACUACUCUCUGCAAACUCAGGUGAUUUCUACGCUGCCCUAGAUGAGGGUGGAAACAAAAUUCAGAAAGAUGCACAAGAAACCAGAUGAAGGCUUCAGAAUGUACACACUAUGAGCUUUCAAAGACCACUUACAUAUAAUGGUCCUGUUAUGUCCCGUACCAUUAACGUACCAAGUGGUGGCUGCUGUGUCUUCACGACUUUUACAGAUGUGUUCUCAUCGAAAGCUGUUCAGAUUGAUUACAGAUGUUCUGUAAAAAAUUAGCCUGAUCUUUUCUUUUUGUAAAGGUGGGGGUGGGGGGGAGAGAUUAAAGCCAUUUUAUAUUCAUCAAACCAUUUAAUUUAAGUUUUGUCUGUUUUCUAGAGAUAUAUUCAAAAGAUGUGUAUAUGUCUGUGAGGUGUGACAAACUUGAUCGAAAUGCAGGUUCGAAAGGUUCAACUUAAAUUUGAUCAUUUGAAUCUUUGUCUUUUCGUGUGUGUGUGUGUGUGUGUUAUACUAGUGCAGAGAUCUUGAGAGAAUGCUUCGACAGCAGCAGCUGCUGUCACAAAAUCAUUCUAAUCAUAUUUUUCUACAUAUACGUAUAAACAUGGGAUGACUAGUGAAAACUUGAAUAAUGGAGGAACAUGCAGUAUUUGGCACUUUAGCAUGUUGAACAAUACCGUUUAAUGUAGUGUAUCUGACAGAUUGGACUUGUUUGACACUGAAACAAGUUUUUCUUCCACUCUUCAUUCAUUUCCAGCACUACAGAAUCCUUUUCUGUAUUCCGUCUUUCCCUUUACCGGUAUUUAGCGCACUUUUCCAAAACUAGCACCAGAAAUGGAUUGAGAGAGGCUGCUUUUGUGUAAUGUACAAAAUAAUAAUAAGAGGACUAAUGCCGUGCUUGCCUGUAUAAAUGCUGUGCGGCUCUCCGUUCCAAAUGCCAAACUUGUUGCUGUGUUAAAUGUACAAGUUUAAAGCAAUUGAAAUGCUGGAACUGACCCUCUAUAUGCUGCUGUAGUCUGCAAUUAGAGGGAAGACAGAUUGCUACACUGAUUGUAUGUGUGUGUGUGUGUGUGUGUGUGGUGUGUUUUUUUUUUUUUUUUUUUUUUCCUUUCCCCUUUAUGCAAAAAUGGGCUUCUUCAAAGAACAGGGAAGGAGUAUUUCACUGUUUUUACUCCUUAUGAACAAAAACUGAGCAAAUCGCCCUGCAAGUGUGACAUUUGGGCCUGUUUUUGCUUUGUGAUGUUACCAGACUGGUACGUGUUCUAUCGUUGUAUGCCUUCCAGAGCGUUAAAAGUCUCGAUUAGACGUACUGUGUUGUUUUUUUGCUGUUGCUUUAACCUUUGUUUGCCUACCAGUGCUUACGAAGGAGCCAGGUUGUACGCAUGCUGGGCUAGUCUCAGGCUGCAGUACUCUUAGUAUCCACCAAGGUGUGUUCUAGUCUAACAAAGGCUCUUUGGUACUCGACUUAAAAUUGACAUUAAACGCAGUUAAUAUUGGAACGUAAAGCAUCACUAAUUUAAACUCUCUGUGAAUGCAAUUCUCAUCAAUUAGAAGUUCAUUAGGCUUGAUGAUUAAAUUUUAAUCUGAGUUUCGUAGUUCUAAAUGGCUGGAAUAUUUAACACAAUUGUUGUAUAUCCCUCCAUAACAGCGGAAAUGUUUAUAAACAUGUUUGAUCGUUGUUGGAUGUAUGCAGAAUAUUAUUGGUGUUUAUCAGUUCAAUUUUUAUUUUUUUUUCCUUUUGCAUUUCAUUGAUAAUUAGUGCAAUAGAAAAUAAUUUGUCAUCUAUAUAUUUAGUUUUUUUUUUUAAUUUAGACAAAGAUGCGAUGCAGUUUACAAAGACAUUUAGUUUUCAAUUGGAACUGUUUUGUCUUUUUAAGGUUUGCUUUUCGAGAUAUUCAGAGUGUUUUCACAGAAGUGAAUGUGUGAAACUUUGCAUAUUAAAAAAAAAAAACUCCUAAUUUAAAAAAAAAACAAAAAUCAUCUGCAGAUUUUUAAUCUGGUGAACACUUAAUUGCACCACACACCUCUCAUUUUGAGAAUAUUCUACAAACACAUCAACAUAAUACAAUCGCCUUCACAAUCGAAGCGUUCUCAAUCCCACCAGUCCUGAUGUAGCUUUCAGAUAUUUGCUUGUAUGAAUAUGAUCUGAUAUUAACUCCAAGUUCAACUAUAAAUCUGAAAAAAAUCAGCCGUCAUUGAAAAAGCCACCAGUGCUGCUUUAAGACACUGUCUGUUAAGUUCACAUCACUGUCACCUGCUGUCUAACUCGCACUCAUAACUCAACCUCUCUGUUGUUCUCGUUUUGGAUCCCUAAACCUUCAGAAUUUGUUCAGACCAUUGUGUGUCUUCUGUUCUUGUUAUUUUUGAUGUGAAAUCUGUCUGUUGUGCUCCAUAAAUAAUAAUCGAAUUAUUUUUGAUCUGAGUAUGCUUUUGUAUUAAAUUAAAUAAAGGAACUAGCAAAUAUGGA